AAAAACAUGGAUAUCACAGCGAUAGAAAGGCAGUGUGCACUUGGUAAUCCUGUUGAAAAUUCUGCAUUGUCUUUAAAGCUAGGGUCGAUGUCUUCCAUAAUAUCUUAUUCAGCCCUGAAAACAGAAGGCCACGAAUAUAAUGAAGACAGCAGAAGUGAAGAAAAUGAGGAAUAUCACUUUUUGUUGGAAGAAGAAUCGUCAUGUUCUUAUGACUAUUUUUCGAAGGCCGAAUCUAGCAAUAAUACUUUUGAAAAUAGUUCAGGAAAACAUGCAGCUGUAAAGAAAUUGACGGAAACAAAAAUUGAGAAUCAUUUCAUCGAUGUGGGAACGAUAAGCAAAGGUGGUAUUUUCGGACUUGGUGAGGCAAUGGAACAUCGUAUUGUAAUAGCCGAAAAUAAGGUACAGUGCUUAGUGAUACCGAGAUAUUGGUUAUUUCAAAAUGAACAAAAUCCAGGUAAUUUGUGGCAAAGAAAAAGAAUUCAAUUAGAUUUUACCUUACCAUCCAGAGAAGCUCUUUUCAAUUUGUUCCUAAAUUCACGAAAAUGGCAAAAUUUUAUAAAAGGAAUUAUAUCUUCAUUUAGAGCGUCUGAAGCGAAACUACAAGAUAUUCCAAUAAUGGGGCGUAUUUUGUCGUACGACCAGUAGAACUAAAUUACGUUUACAUACUAUUUAUACAAAUCGUUCUACUUAGGAUCAUCGAUACUUACACCAUGAACAAAUUUAAAUAACAUAUAAAAUUGUGAACAGUUCUGAGUCCAAAUAAAUAAAUUAAAACAAAAA